UACUUCUUCCCUUCAUAUCAAACUCAACAGAAAAGAAAAAAAGAAGCUUCUUUAGUUCACCAAUUAAAAAAAUGGCCACUUCUGCAAUUCAACAAUCUGCAUUUGUUGGCCGGACAGUGGCUAAAUCACAAAAUGAGCUUGUUAGGAAAAUUGGCAGCUUUGGCGGAGGCCGUGCUACCAUGAGACGUACUGUUAAAAGUGCUCCUCAAAGCAUCUGGUAUGGAGAAGACCGUCCAAAGUAUUUGGGCCCAUUCUCUGAGCAAACUCCAUCUUACCUUACUGGUGAAUUUCCUGGUGACUACGGAUGGGACACUGCUGGACUCUCAGCUGACCCAGAGACAUUCGCCAGAAACCGUGAACUUGAGGUGAUCCACUGCCGUUGGGCCAUGCUUGGUGCAUUGGGUUGUGUCUUCCCUGAAAUUCUUUCAAAGAACGGUGUUAAAUUCGGUGAAGCCGUUUGGUUCAAGGCAGGAGCCCAAAUCUUUUCAGAAGGUGGACUCGACUACCUCGGCAACCCAAACCUCGUCCAUGCCCAGAGCAUCCUCGCCAUUUGGGCUUGCCAAGUUGUCCUAAUGGGCUUGAUUGAAGGAUACAGGGUUGGUGGAGGCCCACUUGGUGAAGGUCUUGACAAGAUCUACCCAGGAGGUGCCUUCGACCCACUUGGCCUUGCUGAUGAUCCCGAGGCUUUUGCUGAGUUGAAGGUUAAGGAAAUCAAGAACGGACGAUUGGCAAUGUUUUCAAUGUUCGGAUUCUUUGUUCAGGCUAUUGUUACAGGAAAAGGCCCAAUCGAGAACCUUUACGACCACAUUAAUGACCCAGUCGCCAACAAUGCUUGGGCUUUUGCCACCAACUUUGUACCCGGAAAGUGAAAUGUUUAGUCUGUGUUAUCUUGCUUGUAAAAGAUUGGGCUGUUUAACUUGCUGAUGUUUAUGCAGAAAAUAGUGAAUAUUUCAGUGGUCUUUUAUCAUUU